AUGACAUCCAUAGGAACACAGCCAACGGCAAACGGCAGCGGUUUGGGCUCACCGCAGGCCAAUUUGAGUGCUCACAGCAGCAGCGGCAGCAACGGUGGGGGGAAUCAUCGAACGCUGGCGAAGGAAACGGAACAGUUGAGUCUGGACGUCGUUUCGUCCGGUACCAGCACGGGCACCGGAGCGACUCUCGCGGCCGCAGGCGGCAUCGUCACUUCCAACAACAACAAUAUGAACUCGAAAGUCAACAAACGACUACGCGAACUUCCUGAUAACCUGCGAUAUCAAGGCCACACGCCCAGCGGCAAGCCCCGACUUUUCGUGUGCAAAGUGUGCACGAGGGCGUUUGCGAGGCAGGAGCAUCUUGCUCGACACGAGCGUUCGCACACCAAGGAGAAGCCGUACCACUGCGGCGUGUGUGAGCGUAAAUUUACACGCCGAGACCUGCUCAUUCGUCACGUGCACAGGGCGCACAACGGCAGUGGGGGCGAUGCUUUGAACUCGUAUCGCCGAAGUCAGGACAGUGCGCCACUCCCUCAAGCUCCAGCAAGCGCGGAGGGGAAAGACGCUAAAAGUCCGCGCUCCAAAGAUGACGAAAAUGGCACCCCCAUAAAAAUUUCGUCCUCGGAUAUCGGCAGGGUCCGCAAAAGGUCAUUCACUGUCAAAAGAAGGGUCUCUUUCUCCGCUCAAUCGGCAGAAAAAUACGCGGGGUUAUCCAAAAUUGGUCAAGAAGGGGCCAACAUGGGUCGGGUAGAGUUUUCUACGCCGCAACUUCUUCCUUUGGAUUUAACACUAGGGGAACAGACUUCCGCUGGAUCCAAAAAUCCAACUAGUUUAGGGACCUCAAAUUUCAAUCUUCUGGAUCGCGACACGUGGAUUAAGGAAAUGAACUCUUUGCCGAUGCUGGAAGAAUCUAGUGACUCCGGCGAUUCUCCAAUCACCGGCAGUGGUCUGGUCAGUCGAAGCAGCAAUUGGAGCCGGCGAAGCAGUCGUGGCAGCUCUCAAAACAGACGAUUCUCUGGCGCGCUGCCUAGCGGUAUCAAUAAUCUUUUGGGCACGGGUCGUUCCAAUGGGAAGCGCAAUUCGUCAUCGUGGAAAAUAGAGGGCAACAAUCUUGUUGUUAACUCUUUAUUCGAUCCAAAUCCCACUCGUCCUGGGCUGAGAGAAAAUGCUGUUAAGGACUCAAACGCAAAGUCUGGAGAGCUACUGCCCUCUUUAUUCAAUAAAAAUAACUGGGAUAAUCCCCAGUCUCAGAAAAUUGAUGACCCACCUGAUAUCAUAUCCCGAUUCAAUGAUUUUAAAUUUGUCAACAAGCCCGCCGUGGAUUCUUCUUCUUUUAACACACAUUUCACAGCAACUUCUGGGGCACAAGAAGGACCUUAUCCUCAAGUGGAUGCAGCGUCCGUCUUCCAAGCCCCCCAAUACCCCCGGUCGCCGAUCAGAGUUGAGGACUCUGGGAAGUUCGACCUCUCAAAUGUUGCGGACAUAUCCAGUAGCAUUUCAAAUGAAGAUCAAAGCUUCAUAGACUUGACUCGCUCACAAACUUCACCGCCCAUUGUUCGCGAGAAUUCUACUGCGACAUGUCAAUUCUUCACUAAAGAAGUUCGAGACAUGUGCGUCAAGACUUUAGAAUAUUACUAUGGUAAUCCCUCAGAUCAGCACUCGGCGGAAGCAAAGAGACUCGGUUCUCAGCUUCCUAGCUGCCAUGAACUAAAUCUUUAUGCGAGUUAUUUCGAAAGCUCUUUUCUUGUUCACUACCCUUUUAUUCACCCACGCUUGCUGUCAUUAGGAUUAGAGGACUUCAAGAGCUACAUUCACGAGGGGCAAUCCAGAGUCACGGAGGAUGAAAUGAUUUUCAACUCAAACAUCGCUUGUUUGCCGCUAUUCAUCGCUUCGAUAGGGUCUUUAUACAAACCAGGAGCUCGAGUUCACAGUCUUGAUCUCUAUGAAAAAAGCCGCAGAGCUCUACAUGUUUACUUGACCACACGCAAGAAACAAGAAGAAAAGCUAGCCGAAAAGAAAGAGCAGCGAGGAAAACUAUGGCUAAUUCAGUCUCUGUGCCUGAGCGUUGUGUUCGCAAUGUUCGCGGAUCCAUUAGAGCGAAUAAAUGCCGAGAUCAUUGUAAAGCAGGUCUCGGCACUUUGCUCGCUGGUGAGGACGAGCCUGUUAUUCACAGCAUCUACCCCGAUCUUUUUCUUUGAGUCCCCAAACCAGUACCUACUUUAUGAGUCUACGGUAAGAACAGUUCUCAUGACUUAUAAGGUAUGUCAAUUUCUCAACGUUUUCUGCAACAUUGACGCCCCGCUCUUUUUAAAUGACAUUCAAAUCAGCGCCAGCGUGAUACCUGACAGUGAAGAGGUUUGGCAAGCUGCAAAUUUUCAAGAAACCCCGAAACGCUGUUACAAACAACACACGACGAACUUCGAGAAGUUUUAUAGGAGUUUUGCUUUUAGCAGCGUCGGGAUGCAUUUGAUUCCAGAGUUUCUUUGCAGCGCUUUGUUAUUUUAUGAGUUCAAUAACAUAAAAAGAAACAAAUCGUCGAUUCCAUUCCAGGUGUUCUUGACCAAGAUAGAUACUAAAAAACUGGAAAUGAACCUCCCUUACUCGAAUUCGCCCGCACCCAGCUCUUUGAUUUUGAUUGAAAGUGCAAUCGACAUGCGUAACUCGCUAACUUGCAUGAUAUUCUUUUGCAAAAUUGAUCCCCUGUUCUCUCAAAAGGUUUGGAACAACGCAAUUUUGGAGCUCUAUCAAAACUUUUUAAUCUGCAAGGAUAAGAAUAUAUUGACCAGGGGAUCUUAUGGGAUUGUCACCGACUUCCUCGUUGCCCUCAAUUUUUCAAUCAAAAAUAUCUCAAAGUUGUUCAAAAGCAAAGAUGAUACCAUCGAAUUUAACAAAUCCAAGUUGUCGGUUCUGAACCUCGAGGGCUAUUACUACAAUUUCCUUGUUGUCAUCAAAUUUAUAAUGGACUUCGAAGUAACGCCCAAUUUCAAAUUACUUUGCAUUUACAAUGAGUUGAAGAAAUUGGCGAAUCACUUAUUAAUCCCGAAACUUGCCGCCGUGUGCCCCGAGGAAUUUCUUAAAUUUAGAAAUGGCGCCAAAAAGUUUCAGGCUGAAGGCGUCCCAAUGUCCAUCGAUAUGGACCACUUGGAAAAACUUAUCAAUAAUGUCCUCGUCUACUCAUUUAACGAUGCAAAUUUCCUAAAAAUGCCAGAGCAAUCAACCACGGAAUUUGUGUUUGGAACCAAGGGUCCGAGCGAGCAUUCGAAUGCGGAACCUAGGCUUCCGAAGCUGUCGGCACCCUCACGCACAACACCGUCUGAAAGCCAGCAAGAGAAGGAUAACAAAUAUGGAAACCAGAAAGAAGGAUUUGCCGAGCACUACCACUUGUCUGAAAAGUACGUCGUUGUGGCAAAAUGCUUCUUUUUCUACGUUUUCGACAGGUUUGCUCAUGCACAUUUCCUGGAGAAGCUAUCGCUGGACUUUUUAGUACUUCAAAGACAGUUAGAUCAGUCUGAAGUCGAUCCAAAAGUUUUAGGUAUUCGAGAAUCAUUCAAGACACAUGCAACAGGUGAAGAAUCGCGGGGUCGUGAAAUUAACUGGGAUCCUCAUCAGGAAUCCGCUUAG